CCAUCGAGUCUUGGCAUCUGAACGUUUUCGACUGAUCUGGCCUUAUUGGCUCCAGGUGACUGAGCGCAUUCUGGGUGUUAGCGCUUUAGUUUUUGUUGGACAUGUCUGAAGUCGUGGUUACUGUUCGUUUGGUGAGAUCCUUCGAGCACAGAAACUUCAGACCAGUCGUGCUUCACGGAGUCAGCUUGGACCAGACAGUGCACGAGUUUAUACAGCUGGUUAGAGACGAUAUUGCAACAAGACCCGGGCUUCCUCCGCCUUUCAGGAAAUAUGCGUAUGACACAAUGAAGAUUAUCCAUCAAGCACACGGAGCCAAGACUAAUGAGUUGGUGAUGAGUUUAGAUGAUGACAAACUGCUCAUUCUGCAAUGUGGCCAAACUCUCAGAGCUUCUGGUGUUGCAAAUGAAACAGAAGUGGCCUUCUUCCGGAAAGAAGACUAUGACCUUUACAAAGCAAACCCUAAAACUGUUUGGUGACAGAAGGGUGACACGAUGUUUGUACAGGAGAGUUUUAAUUUGAGGUUGUUUUUAAAAUGGAAACAUUAGUAUGCCAAUUUUAUUUCUGCUUUUACUGUGUUAUUUUUUUCUUUCUAGUAUCUGUGACCGUAGGCGUUCAUUUUCAAUGUUUUAAAAUAUGCUGAAUAAAACUUUCAAAUAACUGGAA